AUGUUAGAUUCACCAGCAUCAUCGUCAACACUUAUUCAACGUCUUGAAUCAUUAAAAAAAACAUUUGCAACGCCUAUUCAUCAUCAUCAUCAUCAUCAUCAUCGUCAUCAUCAUCGUCGUCGUCUUCAUUCAUCAUCAGCAUUACAUUCAUCGCAUAGUAAAAAUAACCAUAAAAAUGAAACUAAAAAAAAAUCAUUCAAACGACAUCAUCGAAAAAUUUUCUAUUCAACUAAACAACAUCAAACAAUUGAGCAAUCAAAACGAUGUAUAGUUACAUUAGAAUCAACAUAUCGUCAGAAUUUAGAAUUAAAUACAACUUAUCUUAUUGGUAAAACUAUUGAAGGACAAAUAAUUCUUUUACCAAAACAACUUAUUGAACCAGAUAAUAUAAUUACAAUAACAGAUGAUAUCAUACUUCAACAACAAAAACCAAAUAUCAUAUCGUCUUUGAACUCUUCUGUUAAAUCUAAUGAUGAUGAUGAAGAUGAAAUCGAAUCACUUAAAAAGAAAGGACCAUUUGAAACAACAAAAACAGCUUAUACAUCUCAAGGAAAUGUUGUGACAUGUAUUACUGGAUCUUUUGAUUAA